AUGGUUGAACAAAACACCGGAUACAAUAGAGAAAGACACAAUGAGAACCUAAUAAACAGAAACGGUAGAGAACAAAACCGUAACGGAUCAAUAAUAGUACAAGCGCAAGUGCACAAUAACGCUUCAAACACAGAAGCACCAUUCAACAGACCUAAGACGCCUACUAGUGCCCUUCACAGUAAUAACACUAAAGAACAAGUAGAUGAAAUCGUUGAAAACAUAAAAUACCUUAAACUUGAAUCCCUAAGUAAAAUUAAACAAAUAAUACUCAAUGAUACAGACCAAACUGACAACGAAUUUUACUAA